AAUAAUUACAUGUAAGACAUUUUAAUUAAUUUCCCAAAAUUAAAAAAAUCAUCAACAGCAAAAGCAAAAUUCUAUCAAGUUACAAAAACUAUGAUUACAUUACAUCAGCAAAAAAUCUAACAUUUGAUCUGAUGAAUGGGGUAGAAACGAAGGCAUAAGAAAGAGAGAAAAUGACAGACAAAUCAGACCAUUUAGUCCAAGUUUCAAAACUUGGCACAAAGGAGAUAGGGACAAAGAAACAAAAGAUAGAUAGAUGAAAUAGAUAGAGUGAAAGAAAAAAAAGGGAAAAAAUCUUUGUUCAAAAGUCAUAAUCUUAUUCUUCUUCUUCUUCAUAAAAACCUUCUUUAGAUCUUAUUUUAAACAAACCAGACAUAAACUACCCAACUCCUCCUCGCUUUGUCUUCUUCUUCUUGUCAAAAUUUACUCCUUUUCUCCUAGUAAGAUUGUUGGCAACUGUGUCAAAUUGGGGUUUUUUUAUCAGACUAUCAUUUGCUUGGUUUUGUUUUUGGAACUUUAAAGAAAGGGUUAAGCAGAGAUGCCCAUAUCUGGGACUGGGAAUUUUCCUAGAGUUUUGUCGGGUUGCAUUUUCUUAAUGGCAGCAUUAUCUUGGAGAUAAAAAAGGAAGAGAAUAUGAGAGUGAGGAACAAAUACAGGAAAUCAACGGCUUUCCCUCUCAAUGUAGGGAACAGAUGCUCAAUGUCUGCUAUGCUGUGGAGCUUGGUGGGGUUUCUUCUAAUGCUUCAAGUGUACUCUCUUGUUAGUCGUAGAAAUGCAGUCAGUGGAGAUAUCCAAUUGCAUAUGAGUCGUCAUCCACUAGUCCGUGAACUUGAACAGGUGGAGGAGGAGAAUAUUCAAAUUCCCCCUCUGAGGGGAAAACGAUCUCCACGUGCUGCUAAACGAAGACCCAAGCGAACAACCACUCUGGUUGAUGAAUUUCUUGACGAGAAUUCCCAGCUUCGCCAUGUAUUCUUUCCACCUAUGAAAACUGCUAUAGACCCACUAAAGGACCCAGGAAAUGAUAGCUACUACUAUCAUCCUGGGAGAAUUUGGUUGGAUACUGAAGGAAAUCCUAUUCAAGCUCAUGGAGGUGGUAUGCUAUAUGAUGAAAGAUCCAGUACAAACUAUUGGUAUGGAGAGUACAAAGAUGGACCCACCUACCAUGCUCAUAAAAAGGGUGCAGCACGAGUUGACAUCAUAGGAGUUGGUUGCUAUUCUUCCAAGGAUUUGUGGACAUGGAAAAAUGAAGGCAUUGUGUUGGCUGCAGAAGAGACAAAUGAAACCCAUGAUCUCCACAAAUCCAAUGUGUUGGAGCGGCCAAAAGUUAUUUACAAUGAGAAGACAGGAAAGUAUGUAAUGUGGAUGCAUAUUGAUGAUGCCAACUACACUAAAGCUGCUGUUGGUAUUGCUGUUAGUGAUUACCCGACGGGUCCUUUUGAUUAUCUCCGUAGCCAAAGGCCCCAUGGAUACGAGAGCAGGGACAUGACCAUCUUCAAAGAUGACGAUGGUGUAGCAUAUCUAAUUUAUUCAUCCGAGGACAAUAGUGAACUUCACAUUGGACCACUAACUGAAGAUUAUCUUGACGUGAAGCCUGAUAUGCGAAGGGUUCUGGUUGGGCAGCACCGGGAAGCCCCAGCUCUCUUUAAGUACCAGGGGACUUAUUACAUGAUCACAUCAGGUUGCACCGGAUGGGCACCAAAUGAAGCACUGGCCCAUGCUGCUGAGUCCAUAAUGGGGCCAUGGGAGACAAUGGGAAACCCAUGCUUAGGAGGGAACAAAAUGUUUCGACUUGCAACCUUUUUUGCGCAGAGUACAUUUGUGAUUCCCUUGCCGGGGUUUCCAGGUUCGUAUAUUUUCAUGGCGGAUCGAUGGAAUCCAGCUGAUUUAAGGGACUCGAGAUAUGUCUGGUUACCUUUAAUAGUUAGGGGUCCUGCUGACCGGCCUCUUGAGUUCAAUUUCGGAUUUCCACUAUGGCCAAGAGUGUCAAUAUAUUGGCAUCGUAAGUGGAGACUUCCCCCGAGUUGGAGAGUGUCCAACUGAUUCUCAUUUUUCUUCUUGUCAAAUAUAUGGCUUUAUAGUAUUGUAUAUCAAGGCUCUUCACCUAUUCUUUCACUGGUUAGCAUUGUUGUCUCUUUGAUUUGCCAAGCCUUUUUUGAACUCACACACCUCAAUAAUUUGGUGUACAUGUUCAAAAUCUCCUGCACUGCCAGUGAACUUACAAAGUUUGUCAGUAGGUAAUAUUAAAUAUUAGCAUUUGAGGAUUAUAGUUUUCACAGAGAAUAUAAAUAUUUGUUUGAGACUUUGAGAUAUUUUUUCCUUGAUAAUUUACGCACAGUUCCUUAUGUUGGCCUUUUUAUUUUUUCUGUAAAAUUUAAAAAUUUUAAAUUGUAAUUACUUAAUUAUAAUGCAAU